AGCAGUAGCCUGUAGCCUGUAAUUUUCCAACCAGCACUGUAUGAAGUGAGAGUGGGGGUUUCUCCCAGAUUUGGGAGAUCUCCGUAACCUGAUCUCCAGCUUAGAGUCGGAGCUGGGAGUGUGGCAGUGAAAGACUGGCAGGAGCUCUUGGUGAAUCUUCAGAUUUUCCAGUGAAGACGAAAUAAAGCUGGGAGUCCAUCUUGCACAUUUUAGCCUUUCUAGGGCCCUAGCAGUGCUAGUUGGAAUUUCAAAAAGCCUAGACUGGGCUCAUAGGAGAUGGUGAAUUCCGACGGGGAGGAGGAGGGAGAGGGAGAAGCAGAUUUAGAGUCUAAACUGAAGACUCCAGCUUAAAAAAAAUCCGCACCCCUCCCUCCCCGCCGGGUCCCUGGAUCCAGCUUUCUCAAGAAACCUAUUUGAGAUCUCUUACUCCAGCUACAGAACAGAGACCAGAGAAUCACAGGAAGGAAUGACUUCUAAAGAUACUGAGCUUCGGAGAUCUCUGUGUAAGAGCUGCAGAAAUGGUCAACUUAGAGGGUGUCCAGUCACCAAAACAAAAGUGAUCUUCAAGGUGGAGCAAGGACAAGAGCCAUGGAUGGUGGAGGGAGAGAACCCAUGUUGGCGCUCUCCAGAAGCUGACUGCCCACUUAUUGAUGAAUCAGACAAGCACCAGGAAAGCAAAGACAAUUUUUUUAAUUCAGUUUUGUUCAUGUUCAAUAAAAUUCUGACUGUGAAGAGAAUUCAUGGUUAUAAUAUGAGCACAAGUCUUAAUCCUACAAGAAAAAAAUCAUAUAAAUGUAAGUCAUAUAGGAAGAGUUUGCAACCUACUUCAGACUUACUUAAUUGUAAUAGAUGUUAUACUGGAGAAAACUGUUAUGAAUGCAGUGAAUGUGGGAAAGCCUUCAAAAAGAAGUUUCAUUUUAUUAGACAUGAAAAAAAUCAUACAAGAAAAAAACCCUUUGAAUGCAACGACUGUGGGAAAGCCUAUAGCAGGAAGGCUCACCUUGCAACUCAUCAGAAAAUACAUAAUGGAGAGAGACCCUUUGUGUGCAGUGAUUGUGGGAAAGCAUUUACGCAUAAAGCACAACUCGUGGUCCAUCAGAGACUCCACACUGGAGAGAAGCCUUAUGAAUGCGGUCAAUGCGGAAAAUCAUUCACCUGGAACUCUUCCUUUACUCAACACGUGAAAUCACAUACACUUGAGAACUCAUUUGAAUGUAAGGAAUGCGGGAAAACCUUCAGGUAUAGUUCAUCCCUUUAUAAACACUCUAGAUUUCAUACAGGAGAGAAACCCUAUCGAUGCAUUGUAUGCGGCAAAGCCUUUGGCAACACUUCUGUGCUUGUUACGCAUCAAAGAAUUCACACAGGAGAGAAACCUUAUGGGUGUAUUGAAUGUGGCAAAGCCUUCAUCAAGAAGUCUCAUCUCCUCAGACAUCAGAUAAUUCAUACAGGAGAAAAGCCCUAUGAAUGUAGCAAAUGUGGGAAAGCAUUUUCCCAGAAGUCAAAUCUUAUUGUACAUCAGAAAAUUCAUACGUAAUAUUCACUUAUGAAUCUGAGAAAACUUUAAAUAUUUAAUAAACCUUAUUGAGUAGAGAAUUUAUGGUGAGGAGAAAUCCACCAAUCUGAAUGAACUGGAAGAAUAAAUUCCCAUUAAAAAAACCAAUGCCAAUCAUGUUCUGCAAGUGAUAAUAAAGUUUUUAGAGAAAAGGUCACAGAAAAAGUUAAUUUAUAAAUGCACAUAGAGCUUAGAAAGUAAGCAUAAAUUAAGCAAUCAAGGAAUCAGUGAAAACUACAUUUACCGUCUCUGAUUUUUAAUUUUUAUAACAAAUUAUACAAUUAUGCAAGUGAGUAUAAAAUAUGUUUAUAUUAUAUAUUAUAUUAAAUUAUAUCUAUUAAGAGUUUCUGCAGUAAAUUUCACCAUUUUUUUCUUCCAACCCUAACAGUAACAUGCAAGUGAAAAUGUGGUUUAAUACGUAGUAUGAAUUUCAGUAAUAUUUUCACCCAUUUGCUGGCACUUUUAAGGGGUAUGGCAGUGUUACUGAAUCUCAUUCUCAAACUUGUUAUAAAGAUGUAUAGAACUACACAUAUGUAUAAUUUAACAAGAUACCAAUUGAGAGGGGGAAAGCAGUUGUAUUCUGUAUUACAGUAAGUACUCAGUUGAGGAAAAGAAGUAUUUAAAUA